CUUUACUACUAGGAAGGUAUGAGCGAGAUGAUUCGUAAGUAUUGCGAGUCGUGUGUUUCAUGCCAGAUCAGAGCCUCAACGAAGUAUAAGGAUCCUCUAUAUCCGAGGAUUGUGCGAGAUGCGGGGGCAGUGGUCCACUUGGACCUACUGGCCAUGCCACCGGGAGUGGGAGGCUAUAAUUACAUUUUCGACGCUCGCGAUAAUCUCACAGGUUUUGUGGAUGGGAGGGCAAUCCGCAAUAAGACAGGUGAGACUCUGGCUAUAUGCAUCAUGGAAUACUUUCUCAGAUAUCCCUUUAUCAUAGAGUUUGUGAUGGACAGAGGUUCCGAGUUCACCUGUGGAGAGGUAAAGGACUUGCUGCGGGGAUAUGGUAUGAAGGCAAGCUAUACGACGAUGGCUCAUCCACAGGCGAAUGCUCCGGUGGAGAGGGGACAUACCACCCUUACAAACUUAUUGGCAAAGUGGACGGAUGGUAAAGAAAACCAGUGGCCUAAGCAUCUGCGCGCAGCCUUCUUCGUGAAAAAUAUUACAAUCAAGAGGUCCACGAAGUAUGCCCCAGCAACUUUAUGGUAUGGAAGGCACGCUACGCUUCCUAUAGAGAGCUUUCUGACGACAUGGAGGCGGCAGGAUAUGAAAACCAACUUGACCUUCGAAGAAUUGCUAGAUCUGCGGGCAAGGCAGGUUGGCAUUGCGGAAGAAAGAAUUCAAGAAGUUGCGGAUGGAGUGAUGGACACCCAUAUGAUGGACAAGGAGAGGUGGGACCGCCUUCCACGAGUCAGAAAGGAGCCACUCGAAGUGGGAGACGUAGUGUUGUUGUAUGACUCGUCUCUGGAGAAACAAUGGUCGUGUAAAUUGGACAAGCGAUGGUUAGGUCCUUACCGUAUUCGACGGUGUGGGCAGCAUAGGGCGUAUGAGAUCGAAGAGCUAGAUGGCACRCCAUGGAGUGAUUGSGUUUCGGGUUCGAAGCUGAAAAAGAGGAUGCUGAGGUUGAGACCCCAGCCUUUGGAUCGACGGGGUAGGCCUAUGCGUUUCGACGGGGCUAACCUGGACGAGUUUCUUGAGAGUUUUGCCAUCUUAGCCAGUGAGCAGAGAUGGACUGAGGUGCAGGGUAUCCGACAGAUUCGGCAUUGGGUAAUUCCCGAGCUCAGACACAAGGUGAGUGCGUUGAUACCCUCCAUAUUGUCCUGGAGGGGGCUUGAGGCAACACUUAGAGGAGCGUUUCCAGCUAGUAGGAGGCGCAGUUUGUAUAGGGGAGAUCGGGUUUAUAUCCCAGAGCUCAGGAUAUGGGUUGGGGAGCGACAGCGGGAUCGGAGGCAGGGAGGAGAAGAGCAACAUGAUAUCCCGCGUGUGCAUCAUAUGGAGAGAGGAGCGGAUUAUGGUGAGACAGUUGUAGAGGCUGCUCAUGAGGAGAGAGCCAGUGUCGUUGAGAGGUCAGCUGAGGCUACGGCCGGAGGAGAGGAGGCUAUAUUACCUACGAGUGAGUGGCAUGACGGCUCACCAGAGCCGAGUGUGGAGGUAGUGCGAGAGCUCGAGGCAGAGAGAGCUGGUCAGGAGAAGACUCAGAGAGUCGAGGAGAUUGCUCAGCCAGAUGAGACGGCGAUGGCCCCAGACAUAGGAGUGGAUACGUUGGGAGGUUCGCUACCUCAGCAGGAGAGUGUGUCCCGAGCAUCGUCAGGAGAUAGGGGAGAUCGACCGCUGAGGUGGAGAGACACCCAUGGUGUGAUAGAUGGGCUGCUUGUGAUUGAGGUGCGGUCUACGGAUGAGCCGGCCACUACAUCAGUAGGGCAAGUGCAGCAGGGGGAGGUUGAGACAUUGCUAUCGCUAGGGGAGCUGUCUGCGUUGGAGGAGGCUCAGACGGGUGAGGAGGCGCAGAGAUCUGAGGAUUCCCUGACUACCCUACUAUAUACUGUUGAGUCCCCUAGCCUGUUGAUGCGGCAGGAAGAGUCCCAAUUGCCGGACAGAGAGAGAGAGACGCAGCGUAUAGAAGAUGAGGUGCUGAGGAUAGACCCGGGGGCCCACAUGGAUGAUCUCCACGCAGACGGCUUGGUGUCGUCACCGCUAGUCUUCGAUGAGACUCCUCGUCGAAAUGACGGGAGAGAGAGAGGCAGUAUGGGUGCUCAUGCCGAGAAAGAUAUGAGGUCUACUCAGGAUGAGCCGGAGACACAGAGAGGGGACCCCUCAACUGAGACACAGAGGGUAGAGGAGCGCGAGCAGGCUGGUGGAGACACAUGGUUAGCUGAGGAGAUGAGGAGGAUGCCGCCAUUACGUUUCCCUAGCUGGGAGGCUUUUGAGCAGGUACAGAGGGUGCUUACAGAGUAUGAGCUUCCCGCAAACGCAUCAGAUAGGGAUCGUUUGGAGCGCAGAGUCGUCCUCGAGACAGUGCGUGCAUCUCAGUUGGAGAGCCAGGUAUCGACCCUGGUCAGGCUGAGGAGAGAGACGGAGGAGCGUACGAUGCAGCUGUUCUAUGAGGAUGCUGCGACAGCCGGAUGGCAGAAAGAGGUUAGACUGCGACGACAGACGGGAGCAGAGCCCAUGCCGGCAGAGGAGCGAGAGAAGGCAGAGGCCGGACUCCAGGCGAGGUUGUUAUCCGACGCAUUUAUGAGAGAGUUCGCGGAGGUCAUGCAGCAUGUCAGGCGUUUGUCUCGAUCUGAGGUCGAGCGGGGUGAGACGCUGCAGGACGUAGUGCGGAGGAUGGACGCGUUGGAGAGAGAGAACAGGGGGUUGAGAGAUACAGUUCAGGGCCUCAGCCUGAGCAUGGAGAGUUUGAGGCGACUGACCCUGCGCGUCGAGCAGAGGGUUAUGAGUUUGGAGCAGGGGCAGAGGACUCACGUGCCGACAGGGCCGGUUGGUGAGAGAGCUUCAGGGCGAUCAUAUUCUACCAUAGAGCGGACGCGAGUUUUUUGGGAGACGGAGCCAUGGACCUUGGGUUUGGGAGUCACCAGACAGGACAGUUGGGGAGUUAGACCGACAUCAGAGGGAGAGACUAGCACUGUGGACAAGUUUAUGCUUGCCACAGGUGAGGUAGCACCCGUGGGACAGGGACAGGUGCGUACUAUGAGCCAGACUCCCCCUCUAGAGUUGGGAGUACGAGAGGGAGUUGUGGAGCCCCGAGAUGGUAUACUUCCAGACGGCGCGCAUGAUCCACACGUGAUACCGAUCGAGACCUUGCCCACCGCCGCAUCUCAGAGCCCUGACGUGAUGGAGGAGGUGGCUCGUGGACUUGCUGAGAGGUCUGCCGCACAUGAUGGGAGGAAAACCACUGAACGAUCGGCGAGGGUGUUGAGUCCUGAUGUGGUGGACAGAGCUAUACAGGAGGUGACUACCAGAUUGGAGAGCGCUCAGACCUAGGCCUCACCCGCGCCCAAGAGGGCAAAGGUUGGGGAAGAGAGCGCGCGUGACAGAUGUUCAUGGUGAGGCAGGGGAGGACAUCAUAGGGGAGACUGCCCUGCUUUUCAG